AUGAACAUUGACCAACUCGCCAACGGGAUGAAGAUCCUCACGGUGAACACCGAGCUGCUGAUCUCCCUCAUCAACGGCGACCUCGUGGCCAGCCCGAUCGGCGCCUCCACCCUGCGCAUGUCAGUGCGGCUCACCGAGCUCCCUGCCUAUGUCACGAGCCCAACCUUCGUCUUCGAAGACCCCAAGGUAUUCGAGGUCUACCUCGCCAGCACCGCACCGAACGCAACCGCGACCAAGCUCCGCCUCGCCCCCCUGCACCGGUUCAUCGGCAGACGAUUCCCCGAGCCGAGCCUCCGCGGCCUGUCCGGCGACGGAUACUGCCGCCUGUCUCGCAACAAGCCGACCGAGGUCCGCGAGUUCUUCAUGGCACUGCCGUUCCCGUACCCGAGCAUGGACGGCGUCUUCAUCGACUACGUGACCCACCCCGAGGGCUUGGAGUUCAUCACCCUCAACUUGGAUUGGAGGGCUGCUUGUCGCGCUAUCCCGGCGGGACACAAUGUGCAGGAGGUCAUCAUUGAUCUCACCGGCGCGGAGAGACUCAAUUCGAGCUACGUCUCGCGUUUGGUGCAGUUUGUGACUACCAUUCUCGCUAUGAAGGCCAAGGGCUCGUUCUCCAGCCGUCUUCGUGCCGAUGAGCCCUACCAGUGGAUGCAGUGUGUCGCGGACGCUAUGGUUAGCAAGGUGGUUCCUGGCAGUGAGGCUCGUGACGACAUCCGAUCUUAA